AUGGAUAAUGUUGUAGAUGUUGACGAAGAAGGCAAUCAGCAGAAGCUUUCUGCAAAUUCUACACCAUAUCAAACUCAAGAAUGCGUUCUCUACGGGUCUAUUUUUGUGAAAAACGUCCCAGACUUGGAACGCCGCUUGGCAGGUCUUUGGAUCCGGGCUGCGAAGAAUUCUAUGAGCACGAAAUGUCGUUCAGCCUUAGAACCUCCAGUACAUCAGAUACUGAGAAGAAGGUUCCGAACAGAACAUCAGAUUCAAAAUUACUGGCAACUUAAGUAUAUUGGAGUGCCAGAACCUGAUCAGAAGUGCCCGACGAUUGUUCGAAAAGAGAUCAGCUCUCUCGUUCAUUCACAAGAUAUGAUGACGUACGCGAAAUCAUUGGGAUUGCGAAUGGAUUACGAAUACAUAACUCAGGGAAAAUUGUGGACGAAAGGAAAUAUUAAAAUACUGCAUUCAACGUUGACGAGAACACUUCGGGCAGGAACUUACGAUUCCUCUUCCCUAAAGUCGAUGUCCGACUCUGCACUUGUGGAAAUUAGCAUAUCUUUGCCAGAGUCUGCAGAAUAUAUGCCGGCAGCAAAAUCUCUCCGUGAUUUUGCCGACCAGCUGAUGCCACUUGUUAAUAUGGAAAAGAUUGACUAUUGGAAAAAGAUGUUCUCAACUCCAGCAGCACCGGCUCGCCGUUAA